AUGCGCGAUGGCAAUGUGAAGGCGAAGCGCAAAGGCAUGCGCGACAUCGUGGAGCGACAACAACGCGACACCAUUGUGCGCCAGCAACGCGUGACAUGUAAAAGCAACGUGCGACGGAGAGGCAUCACAAACAAGGCUCGGGCAUUCUUUGUUUUCGGAGAUUCCUCUGCCGACACAGGAAAUCGUAAUCCAUUUAAUCAAACUAUAAAUGAGCCAUGGAGACGACCAUACGGUUUGACCUGGCCUUGCUAUCCUGCCGGCCAAUAUUCUUCUGGAAAAAUCCAGACAGAUUUUUGGGGGGAUAUUUUAGGGUUUCCCUCUCCCAUAGCUUAUGAGCUGCUGAGAAGUCAUGACAGUAAAGCAGCUGCAAAGAAGAUUAGACGAGGAGUAAAUUUUGCAGUUGGAGGAAGUGGAAUAUUUCAAGCCUACGGUUUCAUAACAGAAGCACAAAAGGUGAAGCAGUUUAAGAAGCUGAUAAGACAAAGUCAUGAGUUCGACUCUCAGAAGCUCUCGCAGUCUAUAGUUCUUAUCUCUGUGGUUGAUAUUCUAUUACGGGGGAGCACAAGAGUAAGAGACCUUGAUGGAGGAGUGUAUUAUGCAUCUACAGAUAGUAGUGUUCCUGAUUAUGGAUUACCAGAUGAAGCAGUUAGAGAAUAUGUUCUUAAGUCUGAUCUGACUUGGAGAAGAUUAAUUCAUGCUAUUCAUGAACAGAGUUUAGCAAUAUUAAAAUCUUCUCAAGAGCUGGGAGUGAUGGAUCUGGUGAAACCUGUGAUCGGCAAAACAUCCUGUGAUUCAAAUUACGAUGACUUCUUACCUCUUCAUACAAAAUUAUUGAGAGAGGGCGUAGAAAGCCUCAAAUUGGAUCUCAAGGAAUUGUCCAUCAUAAUUUCAAAUUUGAUGUCUGCAGUUAAUCAUAUCUUUGCCAGUCCUGCACAAUCUGGUACUGCAGAAUCUAAGCCUUUUUCUGUGUCAUGUAUAUCUUCAAAACCUCUGCCUUUGGAAUAA